ACUGCUACGAGACAUUGGGCUUAUCCAAGGCUAUUAGCUUAUCCUUUCAGUGCUUAUUUUCAGUGUAUUACAGAGGCUACUUGGGUAAAGACAUUCUAGAUAGUUUUUGAAAAAGUGUGGACAGAUUAUAAAUUGAUGUGCAUCAGCUUGACAUCCUGCAACCUCUAAAGCGCUAGAUUGGAAUACUUAAGUACGUUGAUGGAAUGACGAGACCAAUGAUGGAAUGGAAUGGGAUGACCAACAAAUUCUGAAACGUGUUGUUACAAGUUUGUGUAAAUUUAGCAUGACUGCUUGAAUGGACAGCUUCACCCAAUUUUGAUUGGCACACAGCUUGAAGUUGUUUGGUUACAGUAUUUGUUAGUAGGCUAGGCUGUGCGCUUACUAGCAGUUAUGUUCCGGCUCCUCAUUCAUCAAACUCAUGGCUGAUGUCAACGCCGACCAAGAGCCACCAUGUCGACUCGCUUGUAUCCUCUAUACCAGCGGGGUAACCCCCAGCUAAGGAUAUUCCUUCCAAACUUCUGGAUGAAACUGCUGAAGCCGACCCAUCCGAUUCCGCCAAAUGCUGUGCAGUUCAUGGUGUCACCAGAGAUGACAAAACAUGAUGUAAAGCAAUACUUGGAGAAAAUCUACAAUGUACCGGUAGUGGAAGUUAACAUCGCCAAUAAAAUGGGAAAAUUACGAAGAACCGAUAAAGGCUACAUCGUCAAAGAUGACGAUCUGAAGUAUGCCUUCGUCACACUGCCGAAGGACAUGACGUUCGAGUUCCCGAACCUGAUGUCUGAAGAGAAGAAGCAGGAGCGAUCUGAUCAGAUGAAGGAGAUCGAGCGCGUCAAGGACACCUACAAGAAGGACCAGGACCGGUUCAAAGACAGACCAGGAGUGCCCACCUGGUUCAACUAGUCAUUAGCAGAGUGCAUUGUAUGAAUCACUGAAAUCGUGUGUCCAUUGGGUUUGGUAUGUGUAUGCGGGAGGAGGGGGGGGGGGGGGAGUACGUUUAUGUGCUGGAUGAUUGUCAUUAUCGUGCGCUAUGUGGGUCUUGGUGCAUUGUUAUGAAUAUUAAACUGUUUUGUACCAUA